AUGCAUUUGAUGUACACUUUGGGUCCCGACGGGAAGAGAAUUUACACGCUGAAAAAAACCACCGAUGACGGCGAAAUAACCAAGUCCGCUCACCCAGCCAGAUUUUCACCUGACGACAAGUAUUCCAGGCAAAGAGUCACCUUGAAGAAGAGAUUCAACCUCUUGCCAUCUCAAUAG